AUGACAUCAGAUAUUUCAUUUCACGAUCUCCAGAGCACAGUGGCUCUGGUAAAAACCCUAACCAAUGCGCAGUUGAAGGAGAUAUUGAGGAACGAGGGACUUGCGGUCUCGGGAGUGAAGGCGUCACUGCAAAUACGGAUCAUAGAUUACAUUGAUAGGCUCAGCGAAGCGGGCCAUAUCGAGAAGUAUGAUAGCCUGAGGAAAUUCAUAUAUCAUACAGCACACCGGUCGAUGCCAGCGCCUAUAAUGUCGCAUUCUCUAUCUAGUCAGCAAUAUCAACAGUCUUCAAUCAGUCAGUCUAUGCCCACGCAGCACAGACCACCAACUAUGAGCAUGACAGUGCCGUCGCAUGCCAAUACCCCAGUACGCGAGCACACUCGGGAUAGCGUGGAGCUGAAAGUCACCUUCACGCCUAGUAUGGCAUCCAAAUUGCAAACUGACCCGAAUCUCCGGGUGAUGGUGUUUUGCGCUGCAGAUACGGGUCUCAAUCAAUAUACCAAGUCGGAUAUAGCAUUCCCUCAUCAAGUUGAACUCAAGACAAAUCUCGAUGAGGUCAAAGCCAAUUUGCGGGGCCUCAAGAACAAGCCGGGUACAACAAGACCGGCGGACAUUACCAGUUAUGUUCGCAAAAAGGCAGGGUAUCAAAACACCGUUGUCUUGACAUUUGCGCUCACACAAAAGAGAUUCUUUGUUCUAGUUAACCUUGUCCAGCGGCAUCCAGUAGAAGAGCUUGUUGCCGAAUUGAAAAACAGAAAAACAAUCACAAAAGAACAAGUCCUGCGCGAAAUGAGGAGCAAAGCAGACGACACGGAAAUCGUCGCGACCUCGAGUGUAAUGUCACUCAAGUGUCCUUUGUCGCAUACUAGAAUUGCGGUUCCCUGUCGCUCCAUCAUUUGCACCCAUAAUCAAUGUUUUGACGCGUCUUCAUUCUUACAACUACAGGAACAAGCCCCGCAAUGGUUGUGCCCUGUAUGUUCCAAAGCGACCAGUUUCGAGUCAUUACAAAUAGACCAAUAUGUGGAUGACAUACUUCGGUCGACUCCGCUAGACGUUGAACAAGUCAUUGUUGAACCAGAUGGGAGAUGGUACAACCCUAAUCUCGAAGAGCCCGAGAAGGCUGGGAAGACUACACCGACGACAGACGAUGACGAUGAACUGAUAGAGAUUAAUGAUCCCGGGAUGACACCAAUCAAGCAAGAGAGUCUCUCUGCCGUCAACUUGACCCUGCAGCAGACCCCACUUCAAUCACGCGAACCCUCUGCAACCUCGUCCGCAGUUCCCUCGUCGAUGAAUAAGCGUCCUGCAGCCCAAGUGAUUGACCUUACUGGCAGCGACAAUGAUGACGAUGGCGACGACGAUCUUCCGAUUAGACCGGCCAAACGGCCCGCGCUGGGUGAAGUUGGAAGGAGCUUACUUCGUUCAGAAUAUCACGACUCGUACACGGAAUCGUCCACGUCACUCAACAACCAUGCCUCCGAAUCGCAAUCUCGCCUGCUCGGCGCCUCGUGCUUGGAUUUUCUCCUCAUAGAGCUCGUGCCAAUGGCUGAGCGCCUAACGAAAGAGCUCACAACAGACGACGGUAUGCCAGAUGAUGAAGAAAUCAAAGAGACAACUUUUUUCAGGCUUGAGUCUCUCGGUUACAGAGUCGGCCAAGGGCUUGCUGAACGAUUCGCUCGAGACCGCCCGCGUUUUGUGGACAGCUUAGAUGUGAUCAAGUUUCUUUGCAAAGACCUUUGGACCAUCCUCUUCAAGAAACAAGUCGAUAACCUGAAGACCAAUCACCGGGGCGUAUAUGUCUUGACCGACAAUUCAUUUCGGCCAUUCGCCAGAAUGAGCACAUCCAUGCGAAGUGAAUCGGUGUCAAUGGCUCAAGCGUAUCUGUGGUUCCCAUGCGGUGUCAUUCGUGGCGCGCUUUUCAACCUGGGCAUUGCCACCACUGUCCAAGCAGAAACUGCCGAGCUUCCAGGAGCUACGUUUCAAAUCAAGACUGUCAAUCCGAAAUCGUGA